AUGCCUGUAUUGCAGCUCGAUCGUAUCGAGCCGAGCAUCACCGCACAGGACUUCUUCACAAACUACAUAGCCAAACGCCGACCAGCCAUCAUAUGCGGUCUCCCCGACGAUCCGACUUUCCAAGCCCACAAGUGGACAGACCUGGACUACCUAGCACGCAAGGCCGGUGAUUCGGCGCUGCUCGUUGAACCCAUGCACCCUGCGACGCGUCAGUUCGGAACCGAUGUCCAGCGCGUGUCGAUGCCGUUCCGCGAGUUCCUCGCGUCGCUCAGCGAGGACAGCGAGAAGCCGCACCACUAUCUCACAACGCAAUACGCAGAUGACGACGAGGACUUAGAGACGCUUUUCUCUCCGCCCACGGACGCGCUGAUGAACGACUUUCCCCGUGUGCCGCGUCUCAUGGGCAAUCUCUGCCUCCAGCAGGUCAAUCUCUGGCUCGGCAAGUCCGCCGACGGGUCAUCUUCGGGUCUGCAUCAUGACUUCCAUGACAACCUAUACUGUCUGCUCCAGGGCCGGAAGCGGUUCGCCCUCCUGCAGCCCGCUGAGGUGGAGCAUCUAUACCCACACGGUCAGCUGGACACACUGCAUGCGAAUGGCCUCAUCUCAUAUGCGGACGCGCCCGUGCGCGCGGACGGGCUUUCUGCACGCGCAGCAUGCAAGGCGCGUGUCCAGGCGCUCGAGCGCAAAAUCAACGUGCUCCCGCGCAAAGACAAUGGCCACGCGAACACCCGAGAGCGGCAGGCCCUCCUGGAUGCGCUGGACGAUGCGCGCGACGAACUCGCCCAGCUCGCGCUCGACUCGGGCGAGCUCGAAGGUGAAAUCGACGACUUUGACGCGCUGGUCGGCGGGUUGCAGGACGAAUGCGACGAGAGUGCUUCAGGCGCAUCUACAGAUCAUGAUGAAGAUGAAGUGGAGCAAGAGGAAGCUCUAGGUGGGCCCUUGGCUGAAGGUGAUAGCGAGCCUGCGUCGUUCUCUCGCAUACCUACUGCGUACCUGCACAAGCACCUUGGUCUUCCCACCACUGCUAUGUUCCCGACGUCCGCGUCUCUGGAUUUUUCCGACCUCGCGAAAACGAACUCACCGUACAUUGUCGAGCUCUCGGCGGGCGAGAUGCUGUACCUUCCCGCGUCGUGGUGGCAUGAGGUGACGUCGUCCUCGGUCCUCACAAGAUCUGACGGUUCCGCUGUGCAUAUGGCGUUCAAUUACUGGUUCUACCCACCAGACGCGCUGGAGAGCUUCGAACAGCCGUACGCGGAUGCGUUAGUGUGGGAUUACCUGAGAGAAAAGGCCAGUAGGGAUGAAACCGGUCUGGCGUGGAGAGCGCGGAAGGGUAAACGGAAGCAGGAAGUUGUUGAGGAUAAGGCACUGAAGAAGUUAAGAUGGUGA